UUCUUUUUUGGCUCAAAGAAAGACUCUCUCUCUCUCUCUCUCUCUCUCUGAAAGAAUCGCUUUUGUUUUCAAUUCUGAUUUUUGCACAUCUUCAGACUUCAGCUACAGGGCACUAUUUCUUCUGGGAACCUUCAAGUUCUUCCCUUUUCAAUCUUAGUGUUCCUUUGAUUCUGAAAUUUUUGAAUUUCAAUUUUGACUCAUUCUGCUUCUGCUCAGUUACUGACAGCACUUCAUAUUUUUCAUGAGAAUACAAGAACUUUUGACCUGAAAUAGAGAGUUGCCAAGGCAAAGGACAAGCAGGUGUCGCACUUGGGACAUGGGUUGUUUCGCCUCUACUCCAAAGGAUUCAGGUGGAAAUAGAAGGAGGCCAGGGAGUAUUGGAGAAGUUUCUGUCUAUGUUCCUGGCUUAAGAAUUCCUAAACCUGUUGAUUUUUCACAGUCGCUCGGUGAUCACUUGUCGAAAAAUAUAGUGGAACGCCUGUCUGCUCUUAGAACUCGUAUAGUUGUAAUGGCCAGCCAAGAAGGUCCUACAAUCACAAGAACGAAAAAAAAAAGUGCCACACAACAUGGAGGUUCAACAUUGGCAGAUCUCCAGCAAGCUCUUGAAGACUACUUACCAGUACUUUUGGGAUUAGUCAAAGAUGGGUGCCAUUUACAAUAUAAAGUACAAUUUGUUUGGGUGAAUCAGGAAGAUGAUGCAGAGGAAACAGCCAUGUCUAAUGCAUGGUAUGAAGUGUUGUCAGUUUUGCACUUGAUGGCAACGUUAUCUCUAUCGCAAGCUAAUUUGUUACUUCUUCCAAGAACAUCUGCUGAUGGUUAUCAGCCAAAAGUAUCAGAAGAAAGCAGACGAGCUUCGGUUGACAUAUUCUUAAAGGCUGCUGGGUAUCUGGAUUGUGCCGUUAGGCACGUUCUUUCUUUGAUGUUUAUUAACAUGCUGGUGUUUGAUUCUAAUUUCAGGAGAAAUCUACCAGUAGACCUCGCAGAAGGAGUUCUUCGAGCACUCUGUCUACAAGCAUUGGGACAGGGUGUAGAUAUCCAACUUGGAAUGGCAAUUGAUAGUACGAAAGCCACUCUUGCUGUAAAGCGUAGGCUUGCAUGUGAGAUGGUGAAAUAUUGGCAACAGGCUCAAGACAAUAUUACGAACCUUCCAUUAGGGAAUGGUUGGGGCGAAAAGCACCGUCAUUUUGUGAAAUGGAAGUAUGUAGAGGCAAAGGCUGCAGCAUACUAUUAUCAUGGCAUGAUUCUUGAUGAGGGAAAUACAGAGAAAUCUCAUGGGAUGGCUGUAGCUGCUUUGCAAGCAGCAGAUGAGUAUUUCAAAGAAAGUAAGAAGCUGUGCGAGGCAUUCAAUGCGGCCCCUCCAUUGUCAAGAAAUGCGCCACUUUGGGGUACUAUGAAAUAUCUCUCUGAGAAGAUUCCUAAAGAUACUUCAAACAAGGUGCGAAUCAACCGCGAUCUGUACUCUUACGAAAGAAUCAUGGAGACAGCGCCGACAUUGCCCGAUUUUGCAUUGGCCUUGAAACCGGAUGAAUAUCAACUUCCUCAAGUGGAUGCCUCUUGGAGAACAGAAAAUGUGAAUGGGAUACAAACUGCACCAAACCAUAUCAAAGUGUGAAAAGAAAUUAUAAAACCUCUAAAAUUGCAGAAAGGUCAUCUCAUCUGAAAGAAAUGCAAAGUUCAACUUCAAGCUCAGAAGGGUGAUUUCUCAAUUCUUGUUAAUAGAAGGAACAAAAAAAAGAAAAAAGAUAGCUAUUUCUGACUUUUUCUGUACCUAACCUUUUUUUCUCCCCCCAUAAAUUUGUUCAAAGGAAAAAAAAAAGGGUUCAGGCCUGCAACUGGAGUUAGAGCUUGAAAAUAUGUUUGAAUGCAAGUUGUGUACUAAGGCCCCAGGAAAGGGUUUCAUUGACAUUAAUAAGAACAUUACUAUUAUUUUGUUUCAAA